GACAACUAAAACAGAAUUAACAGCUACUUUUCCAUUUCUUCUCAAUCCAGUUCAUCAUUUCCUUGUGUCUUUCUCCGUUUCUCAUGUUAGUUUCCUCUGUUUUGCAUCAAUCAUACAGUACUCCGCUGUUUUGUGUGCUCUGUUUUCAUUGAAACCCAAUUACUUGAAAAACCUUUGCUAAUUACUUCAAGUUAAAGAAAAAACCUAACUUAAUCUAAUUUCUAGAAGAAAAAUUUAAACAAAUCAAAUAUUAUCUUACACUGUCAAAUUCUCAACAACUUUAUUGCAAAUUCGGUUUGUUUUUACUCGCAUUGUUUCUGGGUUUACUUAUACUUCUGUAGUCAUAACGUGUUGCUAAGAAGAAGGAGAAGAAGAAGGAAUAAGAUCUCCGCCUAACUCACAUAUCAAUGAGAACAGAACAUUCUACUGGUAGUAGUAUGAAUUACAAGUCAUCUUGGCCAAAAGUGGUUGUGAGAAAAUGGCUAAACAUUAAAAGUGGAGCUGAUGAGUUUCAUUCAGAUCAUGAAAUUACAGAUAUGACUGGAAAUAAUUCAGUAGAAGAUCAUUAUGAUUCAGAAACUUGGCUGACAGAGGCUGCCCCAGAGAGUUUGAAACGUCCGAGGAUUGAAUCAGACAAUCCAGCAUCUCUAAACAAAAGGAUGUUUGUGGGUACAUGGAAUGUUGGAGGAAAAUGUCCCCACGAAAGGUUGAAUUUAAAGGAUUGGUUACUAACUCCAGUUCCUGCAGACAUUUAUGUUCUUGGGUUUCAGGAAAUUGUACCACUGAAUGCAGGGAAUGUAUUAGGUGCAGAGGACUACGCUCCUGCCUUGAAGUGGCUUUCACUUAUACGCCAAGCUCUGAAUAAUACUGAUAAGAAUACGGAAUUCGCCCAAAAUCCUUUAAGUCGCAAAGAACAUAAGAAUAUCAAAACUAGAAUUAGCUUCUCUGAUCUGAUAUCAUUAGAUGAUAUAUUGGAUAAAGAGGAUUCAGGAAGACAUUCAACUUCUAGUUCAAACGCAGACAUAGAGGAUGAACCCUCUAAUUUUUCAAUGAGGCGUAAAUCUCCAAAGAAUACUAGUAGUCGUUACUGCUUAGCUGCAAGUAAGCAAAUGAUUGGCAUCUUUUUGUGUGUGUGGGUUCGCACUGAUCUUAACCAACAUGUUAGCAAUUUGAAAGUCUCGUGUGUUGGAAGAGGCAUUAUGGGGUAUCUUGGAAAUAAGGGUUCUGUAUCGAUCAGUAUGACAUUGCAUCAAACAAGUUUUUGCUUUGUGUGCACCCAUUUAACUUCAGGCGAGAAAGAAGGUGACGAGGUUCGGAGAAAUUUUGAUGUUAUUGAGAUAUUGAAGAAAACGAAGUUCUCUCAGUCUCAGAGAGUAUCUGGACAACCACUCACACCUUCCCCUGUUAGCAUUCUAGAACAUGAUCAUACUAUUUGGCUUGGAGACUUGAAUUACCGACUCGCCUUUCCUGGUGGCGACACAGAUGAACUUCUGAAAAAUAAAGAUUGGGAAACCCUUCUCAAGAAAGACCAGCUCAUGAUAGAACAAAGAGCUGGCCGGGUGUUCAAAGGAUGGGAAGAAGGAAGCAUAAGUUUUGCCCCAACUUACAAAUACCUUGAUAAUUCUGACCAGUACGUUGCCCAAAACCAAACAUCCAAAUCAAAAGAGAAGAGGAGAACACCUGCAUGGUGUGACAGAAUACUAUGGAAAGGCAAAGGAAUGAAGCAGAUGUGGUAUGUAAGAGGUGAAUCAAAAUUUUCAGAUCAUAGGCCUGUCUACUCCAUGUUCUCAGUGCAGCUGGACACCCCAAUUUACGGAAAUAAAGUACAGAAGUCAAGCAGCUACUCAGCCUCAUCCUCUGCAAUUACGACAACAGCAACAACUCCUCCUUUUUCCCUUAAAAGUACAACUUCUACAGCUUCGACAAAGGAAAUGCAUUUGGAAACAGCAUGUGUUGCCAAAAUCCAAGCCGAAGAGCUGUUGAUACUACCUAAUAUUGCAACAGAUGCUUCCAGCUCAGGUUUCUGAACUAAACAUCGGUACUCGAAACAUGAUUCAGUAAUGACAGGAGGUAAAUUUGUAAAUACAUGUUGUACUGAAUCAGGGGUGGUGUGUCAUAAUUUUAAAUUCUGCAUCACUCCACUCUGUAAAGAGAUUGUGAUGAAAAACAAUGAGAGGCUUGCAGGUGUGAUGCUGCCAAGACUUGAGCGGAAAAUCAACUUUCAAGACAUCAAGCAUGCUUCAUGUGGUGUACCUCUAUAUCUAAUUUUGAUGUCAACAAAAAUGCUAAAAGCCUGUUCUUAUUAUAAUUUUGCUGCUAAAAGCCUAAACGAAAAUGAAAGGCUUAGGAAAAGGACUAAGUGUCAAUGUAUGAUGUAUAUCUAAUAUGUAAAGAGUCUAAA